AUGAAAAUUUCAAUCAUUUUAUCAAUUAUCGCAUUGUUUACACGCAUGAUUAAUGCGAUUUACUUAAAUGAUACAGAACAAACCAGUACUAUGACAGAUUUAGUAUUAACAACAAUUACUCUAGGAAGUAAUAAACAUACUUCUACACCAGCUUCAUUUUCUUACACUCCUCUAACUACCACAUCUUUUGUCACCGAUUACGUUACAAUGUUAUUGACUUUAAACAACAAAAAAGUUGUUUCCUCGAUUUAUACUACAGUUCAAGAAAAGAUUAUUGUCACUCCAGUUUUGUUGAGUUCUUUAGCUUCUGCUACUGCUUCACCAUAUAACGAGGGAUCUACUUCUCCAAUUACAUCAUCACUUUCAAAUAAUUUUUAUUUCACCAACACUUCGAUUAUUUUAUCUAAUUCUACUGUUGACAAAGAUGUUAAUGCCACUUUGUCUACAAGUUCCAUGAAUUCUUUUUACCAAAAUGCUACCAGUUUGUCAUAA